ACCAGGAAGUGGGCGCAGAAAAGGGUUUGACAGCUCGUCAGUGAGCGGAGGGAGGGCUUCCUGCUUCUAGUUUUGUUAUUCGGUUGGUUGGCCUGUUCUUGCCAUUCCGUCAAUUUCAGUCUCACCAUGACAUCCUCCCUAGACGAAAACAGCAAGGAAAAGAUGCGCUCUGUUUCUGUGGAUCUGAACAACGAUGCUUCUCUACUCAUUGACAUUCCUGACGCACUCUGUGAACGGGACAAAGUCAAGUUUACUGUCCAUACAAAGACCACCCUUAGCGCUUUCCAGAAGCCAGAGUUCUCUGUCCCCAGGCAGCAUGAAGACUUCAUCUGGCUACAUGACACCCUGGUGGAGACCGAGGACUACGCUGGCCUGAUAAUUCCUCCAGCGCCCCCAAAGCCUGACUUUGAGAGCCCAAGAGAGAAGAUGCACAAACUGGGGGAAGGUGAAGCCACUAUGACCAAAGAAGAGUACGCUAAAAUGAAGCAGGAGCUGGAGGCUGAAUACCUGGCUGUGUUCAAGAAGACUGUCCAAGUGCACGAAAUCUUCCUGCAGCGAGUGUCCUCUCACCCCAUUUUAAACAAAGACAGAAACUUCCAGAUUUUCUUAGAGUAUGACCAGGAUCUGACUGUGAGAAGGAAGAAUGCCAAGGAAAUGUUUGGAGGAUUCUUUAAAAACAUGGUGAAGUCAGCUGAUGAGGUCCUUAUCUCAGGAGUGAAGGAAGUCGAUGAUUUUUUUGAGCAAGAGAAGACAUUCCUUCUCGACUACUACAGCAAGAUAAAAGAUUCCACUGCCAAAGCAGAAAAAAUGACCCGCGCACACAAAAAUAUUGCGGAUGAUUAUAUUCACAUCUCUGCCACAUUGAACAGUCUCUCAGCUGAUGAUAGUACAGCAAAUAAGAAACACCUGGAGAAAUUGUCAGAUCUGUUUGAGAAACUCAGAAAAGUGGAGGGAAGAGUCGCAUCUGACCAGGAGCUGAAACUGACUGAACUGCUAAGAUACUACAUGAGAGACAUUCAGGCUGCGAAGGACCUUUUAUACAGGCGAGCCCGGGCGUUAGCUGACUACGAGAACUCUAACAAGGCUUUAGAUAAAGCUCGACUGAAAAGCAAGGACAUUCCCCAGGCAGAGGAGCACCAGCAGCAGUGCCUGCAGAAAUUUGACAAGCUUUCAAAUUCUGGAAAGAAAGAGCUCACCGGUUUCAAGGGGAGGCGUGUUGUGGCCUUCAGGAAGAACCUCAUAGAGAUGGCUGAGCUCGAAAUAAAACAUGCCAAGAACAAUGCGACUCUAUUGCAGGGAUGCAUUGAACUGCUCAAGAGCAACUGACGUGUUUUCAAGUGGUCCUGUCCAUACCAUCACCAGUAUAACCUGGCGUCCCCAAGGCCCCUGCAUGGACACGAAUCCAAGACCUCUUUCUGCUCCCACCCUGGGGUCUGAUGCCACUUUAAAACCCUGCACGAGAAACACCAGUGUCUCGUAAGACGAAUGUGUCCAUGUUUACUGUCCUCUGGUCUGUGGUCCAUCCUUUUUCCAUUAUUUAUGGAAGUCAAAAUCAAUGUAAUGCCUUUCGAGAAUGAGGCCGUCACCAUUAAGGUCUUCCAUAUUUCGCUAACAGAGAUGACUUCUGUUUUUUUUUUUGUGGUAAUUUCUUAAUUUCUCCUUUUUACAUCAUGCACAUAGUAUAAAUCUUGCCUUUUUCAUUACGUUUCUGCCUCCAUGAAUUUGAACUCUAACCUCCUCCCUCAUGUAAAUACCCUUUUACAAAAAGGUUAGAGAAUAUCUUUUGCAAAGCCAAUACCUACAUUUUACAGGCCAUAUGCUUAAUCUUUCGGGGCUUUUUUCUUUGCUAAAGACUGAUGUAAAACUAGUGCCUGGAAAAAAUAUCCUCAUACUUUGCAUUCCUGGCCUCUGAGACUAGAGUGCAUUCAAACCACGCUGUUAGAAGACAAGACUGAUCAUCAAGUGUUUAAAAAUAGCUGCACUUCACCUCAGGAAUUCAUCCACAUUUGUAAGAAGUGGCGUCAGAUCCCACAGAAAUCAACGACGUACAUAUGGAUGAAUCAUAGAGACUGGUAGAAGAAUAAAUGAAACAAUCAGCAACAACAUUGCACAGGGCACCUACAAUACCCCUGUACCACGUGUAUUAUAUCCUCAGCUGCUUUUUCACCCUGGCCAACUCGGUUUAUUCACGCUUCCCUAUUUUCCCGUUUGUAAUUAUUGUUCUUCUUUAUUUUGCCCUAAAUUGUUAAUUACAGGCUCUCAUGUAUUGGACCUGAUAUAUUUUACCAGAUCUUCUAAACACUUGGUUUAUUUCAAACCGAAAAAGAUGCACUUAACAAAAAAUGGAGAAAAAAAAGAGACUUUACAAGCCUGGCCAGGCUCAGUGGCGAGUUAAAAUACAUUAUAGUUUUAUACAAAAUUGAAUGUAUUUCUAUUGGAUUCCAACUGUGUGAAUACCUUUACAUGAUGCUUUUCCUACAGAACAGCAUUUUAUAAAUUUGUAAUUAUUACAUUAAAUAAAUCCUGUUUUUCCCAA